AUGGUCAUCUCUAACGGACAAUCAACAGAGGAUGAUAUUCUACGAUCUGAUGGAACGGAUCGAGAGUACGCAGUCGGAUGUGAGGGAGCAUAUUUGGAUUUUGUGGACGAAGAGUGCGUAUCGAUAGGGAACGGCUUCCAGUCGAGUCCGAAUCGAGAGGGCGGCGACUUGGGCACGGGGGGACACGAGGAGGCGUGCCUUAUUCAGGGCAUUUUUAACUCUUAUAAGGCGUAUGAGGCCGGGUUGUAUCAGGUUUAUUAUUUAUUAUUGUUAUUUUUUAUUGUUAUUUAUUAUUAUUUAUUGUUAUUAUUAUUUGUCUUUUGUUGUAUUAUUAUUGUCAUUGGGAAUCAUUAG